GUGCAGCUGCUGCAGGAGGGGGCAGUGACUCCUGAAGUGUCUGUCUGAUUAACUCUGGAGACGAGCAGUGGACUGAUCCUGGUCGAAGGGCAGAAAACUGACGGAAUAUGCUGGAUCUGAGAACAAUCGGAAAGGUGUACUUCCUCCUGCCACUUCUUCAAGGCACAGUGUCGAAUGAGUGGAGAGCUGAAACACCAUCAGAUGUGACAGCACAGAGAGGCUUGUGUGCCCGGAUUCCAUGCCACUAUCGUUAUCCGUCACGUCUGGAUAAGAAGUCAAGGACUGGUAUCUGGUAUAACAGUGAAAACCAGGAAAAUCAUCAAAUAGCCUUUCACUCCAAUGAUCACAGUCAGGAGAUGCAGAAGUUUCAGCAUCGGACCCGUCUGUCUGGAGACUUGAAAGACGGUGACUGUUCCCUGGUUAUCGACAACAUCACACAGGAAGAUGAAGGGCCAUAUUAUUUCAGGAUUGAGUUUGCCGGAAGUGAUCUUUACAACUAUCAGCCUGUCACUUGGAUCCGUGUUUCUGAUUUCACAGAUAAACCCACGAUAUUCGCUGGUGAAAUUGUCAAAGGAAAGUCUGUGACCAUAACCUGCAUCUUCAACACCACGUGUGAUGGAACUUCACCCAACUUAACCUGGGUCACCCCCACAGAUGUCCCACCAUCAGUCUCAAGCAGUGUAACUCGGUGGAACAACACUCUGACAUAUACUUCUGUCCUGACCAUGACCCCAGCACCCAAACACCACGGGCAAAAUCUCACCUGCAGAGUCAGAUACCCAUCAGUUUCAUCGGAGCAGACCCUCACACUAACUGUGCAGUAUAAGCCUGAGAUUUCUCGGGACUCAGGAUGCACUCGGACCCCCGAUGUCAUCACAUGUGUGUGUGCGGCCAGAUCAAACCCACCCGGAGAGCUCACCUGGCACCUCCCCCUCGCCAACCUCAGCGGGAACCAGACGCACGGUCGUUUCCAGACGUGGCAGGUGGCAGACGGGCAGCUGGUGACUAGCUCGCUGACGAUGGGUGUGGGCGAGGGAGAGGAGGAUGUGACCGCCUUCUGUACUGUCCAAAACCAACAUGGAGAGGUCAUGUUCGCAGUUUCCCAGUGGAUGACAGGUGGGGUCUCUGCUGUCUGGAUCACUGUGUUACUCACGAGCAGUGUCAUUCUCAGUAUGCUACUGGCUGGGUUCUUCAUCUCCAGGUACAUCCCGAAUCCAACCUUCUGCUGUUCCAGAUGGGAUGCACGGACCAAGGAGAAGGCCUUGGAGAUCCUGGACACGACCGUCAGCUCCACUGCACACUUGACUGCACCUCAGGACACGGAGAGGCAGAGGACGAGCCAGAUCCCACUGGAAGUUUCACCAGGAACGUCCGUUGGAGAGGGGGAGGCGUGUAACCCAGUGUACGCCAACCUGCGGGACCUGCACGGUGGUGGGGGCCCUGCUCGCAGUGGGGAGACGGUCAUAUACUCAGAGCUGCACUUCCAAUCAAUCGGGCCAGCCUGAGGGGUCAGAGUGCUA